AUGGAUCGCAACCAAAAUUCUCUCAGUUAUACAUUUAUGAUACCCGAGAAUGAAAAUUCAAAUAGACAAAGAUGCUUUGGUGGGGAAAAGCAUCAAUCUACAUCAAUCGAUAAUGAUAUUAUUGAAGAUUUGAAGGUGAUGUUAGAUUCAAAUAAUGUCUUGGUUAGCUCUUAUAGGAUGGUAAGAGAUACUUUUACAAAAAAUCCUCAAGUUGAUUUGAAGUUAAGAAUUAUCGGGAAAAGGGAUCGAGAUGGAAGGACAUAUAACUUACCAACUGCUUCUGAGGUUGCCGCUUUAAUUGUAGGUGACAUUUCUGAUUCAAUUGAAAAUAGAGAUAUCGUUGUUCAAACAAAAUCGGGAUUUCUACAACGUAUCAGUGAAUUGCAUCCUUCUUACCUUCCUCUCCAAUAUCCGCUACUAUUUCCAUAUGGUGAUGAUGGGUACAACAUUGAUAUUCUUCAUAGAGAUGCGUAUACGAUGAUUGAAAGUGAAAGAUUGUAUUACAUACGUAGCCAACAACAUGUUCUUAGAUGCGAGUCUUAUGAGAAUUUACGUAACCAAAAAGCUCAAGGAACUACAAAUAUCUCCAACAUCGGCCAACGUGUGAUAUUACCUUCAUCUUUUACUGGUGGUGCGCGCUAUAUGCUGCAAAACUAUUUGGAUGCCAUGUCCCUAUGUAAAUGGUUUGGAUAUCCUGAUUUCUUCAUAACCUUUACGUGUAAUCCCAAAUGGCCUGAGGUUAGAAGGUUUCUUAAGGAUACUUCACUUCAACCAGAAGACAGACCUGAUAUACUAUGUAGGUUGUUCAAGAUCAAACUUGAUGCAUUUAUUAAAGAUCUAAGGGAGAAUCACAUUUUCGGCAUAGUUCAAGCAGUUGUUUAUACAAUUGAAUUUCAAAAAAGAGGUUUGCCGCAUAGUCAUAUAUGUUUAUUUAUGCAUUCUGACUACAAGCUACCCACUGUUGAACUUAUCGAUCCGAUAAUUUCCGCUGAGAUACCAAACAUAGACGAAGAUCCAGAAUUGUUUUCACUUGUGAAUGAGUUCAUGAUUCAUGGUCCAUGUGGAGCUGAAAAUAUCAAUUGUCCAUGCAUGAUCGACAAAAAGUGCUCAAAAAACUUUCCAAAGCAAUUCUGUAAUCAUACGUCUGUUGAUCAGAAUGGUUUUCCAUUAUAUAGGAGAAGAAACGAUGGUCAUUUUGUUGAAAAAUCAGGUGUCAAGUUGGAUAAUAGAAAUGUUGUCCCCUACAACAAAUAUCUAUUGAAAAGAUAUCAGGCACAUAUUAACGUUGAAUGGUGCAAUCAGGGUUCUUCUAUAAAGUAUUUAUUCAAAUACAUAAACAAAGGACCUGAUAGAGCUACAGUUACCGUUGUACGAAGCAAUAAUGACUCUGAUACUAAUGAUGCAGUCGAUGAAAUAAAUGAGUAUUACGACUGUAGAUAUUUAUCUGCAUGUGAAGCAUCAUGGAGAAUUUUUAAAUAUGAUGUUCAUUACAGAUAUCCUUCUGUGGUUAGAAUUCCUUUUCAUCUUCCUGGUCAACAACAAAUUGUAUAUGGGGAAGACGAUGAUAUUGACGAUGUUCUCGACAAACCUUCUGUUGCUUCUUCAAUGUUCACAGCUUGGAUGGAGUGUAAUGCAGUUAAUCGUGAUGCACGGAAACUCACGUAUGUUGAAUUUCCUACAAAGUUUGUUUGGAAACGUGGUGAUAGGAUUUGGAAGCCACGGGAAGUAGGAAAGUGCAUUGGUAGAAUUCAUUCGGUUUCACCUAAUCUAGGGGAAGCUUAUUUCUUAAGGAUUUUGUUAAACAAGGUUAAAGGUCCGAAAUCAUUUGAAGAAAUUCGCACAGUAAAUGGUGAAGAUAUGUCUAAACCGGAGGUUGUUUGGGAAAACACAUGGGAAUAUUUGGCAGAUGGAAUUCUUUAUAACCAACGACAGAGAUUCAAGUCUCCAGACUUAUCACUCAAUGAAGAUCAGCUUAAAAACUUAACUUUGUUCGAGAUAGAACAAGUUUUACUUCGGAACAACUCCAGUCUCAAAAAUUAUAAAAACAUGCCUUUCCCGGAUGUUGAUUAUGUUUCUUCUUCAAACAAUCGACUUAUCACCGAGGAGCUAGAUUAUGACAUUCACGUUAUGAAGACUGAGUUUGAUAGUAUGUUUCUUGCAUUGACAGAUGAGCAACGUCACAUUUUCCUUGAUAUCAUGAGUGCAGUUAAAGAAAAUAAAGGAGGUGUCUUCUUUGUUUAUGGUUAUGGUGGAACUGGAGAAGGAAAACUUGGUGGUAUCAACGAUGGAGAGACGGUUAUUGACAUUCCACAUGAUAUUCUCAUUAAUGAUCCACAUGAUCCUAUAGGUUCAUUAAUCGAGUUCGUAUAUCCUUCAAUUUUGGAAAAUUACAAAAAUACAAGUUAUUUUCAAGAAAGAGCAAUACUUGCUCCAAAGAAUGAAGUGGUUCAGAAAAUAAAUGACCGUUUGCUAUCGAAGUUUCCAGGAGAUGAGUAUUCUUAA